GCUACCGCGGCCAAUGAUGACGCCACCACGCUGGAGAUGCUAGACCUCCGUGACGUCUCCGGCGCGACAAAACCCACUGAAAAUCAAACUGUUGCCUUCAGGAAACCUCCACGCCUAACGCAUUCAUUCAUUCUCACUUCCACAGAGCUAGGCUGCUUCCUUUCCCCUUUCUCUCGCGUAAGCUCACUAGCUUAGACAAGAUGGCGGCCUGGAGUCCCGGAGAGGACGGAAACAAACGGCUCUCCAGCCAACUUCCGACUCGGACUCUGAAGACGGCUACAGAAAGAUCUAGAAGAAGCAAAGGUGUUGCUGGAAAAAGCCACUAGGAAAAGAGUCCGUGAUGCCCUUACAGCUGAAAAAUCCAAGAUUGAAACAGAAAUCAAGAACAAGAUGCAACAGAAAUCACAGAGGAAAGCAGAACCUCUUGACAACGAAAAGCCAGCUGCUGUGGUUGCUCCCAUUACAACAGGAUAUACGGUGAAAAUCAGUAAUUAUGGAUGGGAUCAGUCAGAUAAGUUUGUGAAAAUCUACAUUACCUUACCUGGUGUUCAUCAAGUUCCCACUGAAAAUGUGCAGGUGCAUUUCACAGAGAGGUCAUUUGAUCUUUUGGUUAAGAAUCUAAAUGGGAAGAGUUACUCCAUGAUUGUGAACAAUCUCUUGAAACCGAUCUCUGUGGAAGGCAGUUCAAAAAAAGUUAAGACUGAUACAGUUCUUAUCUUAUGCAGAAAGAAAACAGAAAAUACACGAUGGGACUACUUAACUCAGGUUGAAAAAGAAUGCAAAGAAAAAGAAAAGCCCUCCUAUGACACUGAAACAGAUCCUAGUGAGGGACUGAUGAAUGUUCUAAAGAAAAUUUAUGAAGAUGGAGAUGAUGAUAUGAAGCGAACCAUUAAUAAAGCUUGGGUGGAAUCAAGAGAGAAGCAAGCCAAAGGAGACACAGAAUUUUGAGACUUUAAAGUGUUUUUGGGAACUGUGAUGUGGAUAUAUUGAUGUUUCCAAUAAGGGAAUGUUGGUGAGGUGCAUAUAUAAAUUUGACCAGUAACUAUUUACACAACCUCCUUCUAAGUAAGAGCAAUGAAUUCUCCAUUUCCUAUUGGAGGAUUUGUUGAAAUAAAUAUGCUUAUUAAACAUUUCCUGAAAAGAUGGUUUCAUUAGUAUACUGGUCAUUUUCUUGAAGAAAGGGUCAUAUUGCAUUAUCAUGUGAAAUGUAAAAAGCAAGUCCUGCCUAAU